CGCCAUAGCCUCUGCGACAGUGUGCGCAAGGACUCGUCAGUUUUCGUCCUUCAUCUCCAUUCGCUGUUCUUAUCCUCUGCGUCAGCGUACGCAAGGAUCUGGUUUUAGCCUUUCAUCUACAGACGCACUUGCUUUUAUCCUCUGUGCCAGGGUGUGCAAGGAUAUUGCGAAGGGAAAAUCACUCCUGUUAUUUAUUCGCAUCGCUCAUUUGUUUCGUUGACGAUGAGGGUUUUCGUCCUAACUCUGGCGGCGCUGGUUCUGGCUGCCUCAGGACAGAAGCACGAAUGCGAGCGUCCGUGCAUAGCCGGGGACACACGCACCUGCAUGUACGAAUUCAACAUCGUAGAAUACCAUACGCUAAGCCGCGCUUGCUACGACUGCCCCAACAACCUGGCUGACUGCAAGCGUGAAGAGUGCGUGGCCGCGGAUGGGGUGUCCCGGCCGCUGCUCACCGUCAACCGCCAGCUUCCCGGACCAGCCAUUCAGGUGUGCGAGGGCGACCGCGUGGUGGUGGACGUGCACAACACACAGUUCUCGGACACGGACACGAUCCACUGGCACGGACAGCACAUGCGCAGCCACCAGUUCUACGACGGCGUGCCCUUCGUCACCCAGUGCCCCAUCAUGGGCUCCUUCCGCUACGACUUCCCCGCAGCCACGCCAGGCACGCACUGGUGGCACUCGCAUUCAGGCCUCCACCGCGCCGAGGGCGUCUUCGGAGCCUUCGUCGUGCGCCAGCCGGAGGACCCGCUGCUCACCGCCUACGAGAUCGACUCCCCCGACCACGUCAUCGUCUUGCACGACUGGAUGCACAAGUCUGCCAUGGACAAGUUCCUGGGGCGCCACCACAGCCUGCUCGAUGACUACGCCAGCGGCAUCCUCGUCAACGGAAAGGGCAGGAAUUCCGCGGCCGAGUUCGAGGGCGUGAAGGCCGUGAACACGCCCCUGGAAGUAGUCACCGUGACGCCCGGGCUGCGCCACCGCGUCCGCCUCGUCAGCGCCACGAGCCUCAACUGCCCCAUCAUCGUGAGCGUCGACGGCCACAGACUCACCAUCGUUGCCACCGACGGCGCCGAGAUCAUCCCCUACACGACGGAUUCGCUCGUCAUAUACUCAGGAGAGAGGUUCGACGUCGUGCUCGAGGCCGAUCAGCCCGUGGACAACUAUUGGAUUCGAUUCAACGGACUGAUUGACUGUGGGCCCUUUGAGAGCGUGCAAGGUGCCAUACUGCGUUACGAAGGCGCCCCUGAGGAGGUCCCAACGGCCACCCUUCAGUACGAUCCUACUUACCCGCCAGGCACUGUGGUGAACCCCCUGAACUCCGUGGACGGGGAGAACGAGGUCACCAUGGCUGACCUCGCCUCCCUCUCGCCCUCGACUCUUCCUCCCGAGGUCGACAGGCAGUUCUAUCUGGGCUUCGACUUCAGCAGGGUCAACAACUCUCUGCUCUACAACACUGAUUUAUACCCUUACAACGGAGUGUCGGCGGAAUGGCAGGUGAACACGCCCCAGCUGAACGAACUGAACUUCGUGUUUCCCUCCGCCCCCCCGCUCUCCCAACCCGAGGGCGCCAUCCCCAGACUCUGCCGCUACGGAGAGGAAGUGUCCUCCUACUGCGAGAGUGACUUCUGCAGCUGCACCUACCUGCUGGAGGUGGCCCUGGGGGAGACGGUGGAACUGGUGCUGGUCGCCGAGGGCCAGAUUGGGGACGAGAACCACCCGUACCAUCUCCACGGCAACAAAUUCCACGUGGUUGCCAUGGGGAAGCUGGGCAGCGCCACGACGGUGCAGGAGGUGAUGGAACUCGACGCCGCAGGAGGCAUCACGAGGAAGCUCCAGGACGCGGUCGAGAAGGACACAGUCACCAUUCCCGACGGAGGAUUCACGGUCGUCCGUUUCGCCGCCGAUAACCCAGGCUGGUGGCUGAUGCACUGCCACCUGACAUUCCACUCCGAGGUAGGAAUGGCAGCUCUCCUGCACGUGGGGGGCGUGGAGGACCUUCCCCCCGUUCCUACAGGAUUCCCGACCUGCGGGGACUUCAUGCCAGAGAUAUGAAGAAAGACUUGAGUCCGAGUAAAAAAAAAAAAAAAAAAAAGGACUUGGCACCUGCUUGCCUAUUGUGUUGCCAUCUGUCAUAAGUGCCUGUGCCUUAUUUAUUUUUUUCAUGACUAUUUCUUCCUCUUUAUUCUUGCAUUCAUGUUGCAUUUCUGUAUUGAUUGAUUGAUUUCGUGUCAUUCAGUAAAUUCAUUUUUGUAAUUCGAAAAAAGAGAGAAAAUGACAUAGAAUAUUCUUCCGAAUAAACAUUUGAAUUUCAA